AUGGUUGUUCCCAAGGCACCCGACACCAUCACGCCGGUGGAUGGCGUCCCUCCCGACUAUGGAUACCCCGCUGGUCCUGCCUCCGACUCUUCCACUACGAAAGUCAUUCAAAAUGCAAAGGCUGCAGCAGAUAAGGAACGUGCUAUGACUUUGAUUCAGGGAAUUAAGUUGUACCCCAAGGCCGUUCUGUGGAGUGUGCUCAUCUCGACGUGUAUUGCCAUGGAGGGCUACGACAUCAGUUUGGUCAACAACUUUUACGCCUUCCCACAAUUCAACCGCAAGUAUGGCUCAAGGCUGGCUAAUGGAACAUAUCAAGUGUCUGCAGCGUGGCAAGCAGGUCUGAGCAACGGUGCCUACUGUGGCGAGAUCAUCGGUCUAUUCAUCAAUGGCUGGGCCUCUGAACGCUUCGGUUACCGAUAUACUAUUAUGACCUGUCUCAUCCUCGUCAGUGCAUGGACGGCCAUCUUCUUCACAGCCAAAAACGUACAGUCCCUGCUUGUUGCGGAGAUCCUUUGCGGUAUUCCAUGGGGUGUAUUCCAGACCUUGACCAUCACCUAUGCCUCGGAGGUGUGCCCCGUGGCGCUGCGAGGAUAUUUGACCACAUACGUCAACUUCUGUUGGGGUCUUGGCCAGCUGAUUGGUAUCGGUGUGAUUAAGGGUAUGCUGAAUCGGGAUGACCAAUGGGCAUACCGGAUUCCAUAUGGACUACAAUGGAUGUGGCCGCUGCCGCUCUUCAUUGGUAUCUGGCUUGCGCCUGAAUCUCCGUGGUGGUUGGUCCGAAAAGGGCGCACUGAAGAUGCGAAGCGCGCACUGGUGCGGUUGACCAGCAAGGGCCAAGAGGACGAGUUCGACCCUGAUGAGACGGUUGCAAUGAUGGUGCACACCACCGCCCUCGAGGCCAAAAUCACCAGCGGUGCCAGCUACCUCGACUGCUUCCGGGGUACCGAUCUGCGCCGUACAGAGAUUGUCUGUAUGGUCUGGGCAAUCCAGAAUUUGAGUGGAAACUCUUUCUCCAACUAUUCCACCUACUUCUUGGAGCAGGCUGGAUUAAGCUCCAGCAACUCCUAUUCAUUUGCCAUGGGCCAGUAUGGCAUUAACAUGGUCGGUGUCUUCGGAGCGUGGUUCCUCAUGACACUUGGAAUCGGCCGACGCACCCUAUGCCUGUACGGUCUCUGUGGACUCUGCACCAUGCUUUUCAUCAUGGGAUUCCUCGGUCUUGUCCCGAAAGAGCACAAAGACCAAGCAUCCCUGGCCACAGGAGCGAUGAUGCUUAUCUGGGCCCUCUUCUACCAGCUGACAGUGGGAACUGUCUGCUACUCUCUCGUGGCGGAGCUUUCAACCCGUCGUCUGCAAAUCAAGACGGUCGUCCUGGGUCGCAACCUGUACAACAUUGUCGCCAUCGUAUGCGGCGUGUUAACCCCUUACAUGUUGAACCCGAGCGCCUGGAACUGGGGCAACUACGCCGGAUUCUUCUGGGGCAGCAUCUGUUUCCUGUGUAUCAUUUACACCUACUUCCGCGUGCCUGAACCUCGCGGUCGCACCUUUGCCGAGCUGGACCUGCUCUUUGAGCGUGGUGUUAGCGCCCGCAAAUUCGCAACCACUGAAGUGGACGUUUUCGACGAGACUAUCGAGGGACAUGUCAUCAAUAAUUAUCAAGCUGAGAAAAACAACAGAGAUCCAAGUCAAUUGGAGAAAAAUGAUGGCAUAUGA